UAUUUUGCAGCUAAGCCCCUGCGGUCACACUUAUUCGUGGAGCAGCAGGAGAACGUAAACAAAUGGAGCACGAGGUGGCUGUUUCAGGAGGGGAUUCCUCGCAGGAGGAGAUCACUGGCAGUUCGCCACUCAAGCCCUCCAAGAACACGGCCAUCAAGUGCCUGAAGUGCGACAAGGUGUACAUAUUUCCGACCGACAAAGAUGACUGCCUGGCGCAUUUGUAUUUGGAGCACCGACUGGUCAUUGCCGAUGUGGAGGAUAUAGCGCUUCUGGAGGACUACCUUCAGUACUGGGAGAAGGAGUUUCAGACCCACGAAUUCGAGCAAUAUUGCACCACAAUGUUCUUGGAUCAACUGCCCGAUGGCAAGUACGCCAAGAACGAAAAGUACUACCUGCUGUGUGACAUCCUGCCGCAGGACUACGAGCUGCGGCGAAGGUUGAAGGAGAAGCGCCUAGGUGAAGCCCUGGAGCGACAUCAGUUCGAGCUAACCGACCGCAACUUCUCCAAGGAGUGCCUUUUCUGCAGGACCAUCAUCAAGGGAUUGAGGGCGGACUAUCUGGACCACCUGUUUGACAAGCACUUUCUGUUGGUGGGCAAGCCCGAGAAGCUGGUGUAUGUAGACGAGCUGCUGGAUCAGCUGGAGGAGAACCUGAAUCGGCUAAUGUGCCUCUACUGCGAGAAGAUCUUCAGGGAUCGGCCCACGCUCAAGGAGCACAUGCGCAAGAAGGGCCACAAGCGGAUCAAUCCGAACCGAAGGGAGUACGACAAGUACUUCCUUAUCAACUACAAUCGUGUACCAACGGACCCCACGCCCCGGAAACAGCACCACCAAAAGCGAAGACGGGAAACGGCAUCCGUGUCCACAGUCGCUGAUCCUGAAACCGGCAGCGUGGACUUCGACAAGCACUUCGCCCGCCCCGAUUCGGAUGGCGAACACGAUUCGGACUGGUCGGAUUGGGCGGCCAAUGGUGAGCCUAGCUCCAUUAAGUGCCUGUAUUGCCACCAUCUCGGAGACACCUUCACUGCCCUCAAGGAGCACAUGCACGAGGUCCAUGGCUUGGAUUUCGAAAAGGCCACAAGUUCCCUGAACUUCUACCAACGCGUCAAGGUGGUCAACUACCUGCGCCGCCAAAUGUGCCUGCUGCGCUGCGUAACCUGCGACCUGCAGUUCGGCGAGGAGGAGCUGCUUGUGCAGCACAUGACACAAGAGUCUCACCACGGGAUCGGCGAGAAGGAGAGCUGGGACAAGCCCGAGUUCUUCUUUCCGUACAUCGAGAACGAUGGUCUGCUGUGUGUGCUGGAUGAUUGUGGAGGCGAUGACCCAGAGGUCGAUACGGUGCGCAUCAUCUCCGAGGACAGUCUGGCGCAGAUCAACAAGGAUGCGGAGCGGUUGUCCCUCGAGAAUUUUAAGCUGUUGUAACUGAGAUUUUUGUAUUGUUUACGUUUAGAGGAAACUAAGUAAAUAGCAAUCGAAUUUAA